AUGCUAAGGGGAACUAGAAGACCAGCAAACUCCACUUUGAACACGCCCGUUGUGGUACAUACGGUGGGCACGCCAACAUACCUAUCUAAAGACGAAGUACUACAAUUCCUAGCAAGUUUCAUUGCCGAAAAGGAAUCAGUACCAGGCGUGACACUAGCGUCAAGCGGAGCUUCUACAACCCAGGGAGCAGUAACUUCUGGUGGCAUUAGUGCCGAUGAAAUGGCUCUAGAUACACAGCUUUCCAGUGCUCUUGCGCAGCUGAAAAGAGUCGAAAGAGAUUUCAAAGGUCUACCACCUCAAGUAAUGGAGAUGGAACCCUCCAGCACAAGUUCUACUGGUAAUACAGAAGAAGAUACGGUGGCUAAAUCUGCUACUGGAGGGAAAAAGAUCAAGUUUGCUGAUGUGCCGGAAUCUUCACAAACCUCCAGUGACAGCAAACAAACAUCCUCAUCCUCGGAAUCGUCAUCAGACUCUGAAUAG